AUGAAAAUUAAUAUUUUUUUUAAAAUUAUAAUAUCGCUAUCAUUUUUAUUAUUUGUAAAUUGUUCUUGUCCAGCUGGUUCAAAGUCGAGCGAUCCUAUAGUAUAUGAUUUGUUAAUAGUUGGCGAUAGUAUUAAUAAUGAAAUGCCAAUAGUUGGGAAAAUAAGUGGAUCUGCAUGUUUAAUUCAAGAUAACUCUAUUGCUAAUUAUUAUUUUCAAGAGGGAACUGUUAAUACACUUCCAAAUCAGAUUCUUGGAGUUGAAUUCUCAGGACAAGCAGUCUAUAAUGAUGACAAAUAUACAAUUUUAAGUUAUAAAUUUCCGUCUGCAAUUUUGACAAAAGAUUCAAACUCGGGUUUAUUUACUCUUACCAUUACCAAUGGUAAAAUUUAUUUAAAAUUAUAA